GAUGGUCAACUCACAGAGGAAGAAAAGUGUUUUCAAUAUGGGGGGAGAGACGUCCCCUCGUCGGUAUUUGCAUAUGCAGUUGCAAGUGGCUCUCUCUAUAUGCAAAUAUGCGUCAACAAUGAACUAAGGACAUUUCAGCAAGCGCAAGAACCUUGACCUCCUCAUUAUUCUCCGCCUUGAAGUUCAUUGAAAAGCGACAUUGUUUCUUUAAGAUUGCACUCGCAGUCACCAGCGGGUCUGUCCAUUGUUGGGGGAACAGAAAGCGAGUCGAGGUUGAUAUACGGGGGCCGGAGACCAGUUGCGCAUAUCAUCAGUGAACCAGCUGCGGUGCAGUCGCCGACGAGUCUUGAACGCAUCCUUCCAGACAUGGGUUGCUAUGACUGCUGUAUGCGCUGUUUGGGUGGAGUGCCGUACUGCUCCUUGGUCGCCACACUGCUGUGUUUUUCUGGCAUUGCCCUCUUCUGUGGUUGUGGGCACCAGGCACUCACAGAGACGGAGCGACUCAUCGAGACUUACUUUGCCCGUAACCUUCAGGACUACAUCACCUUCGCCUACUUCAUCCAAUAUUUCCAGUAUGUCAUCUAUGGUUUGGCCUCAUUUUUCUUCCUCUACUGCAUCAUGCUGUUGGCUGAGGGCUUCUACACCACGAGCGCUGCCAAGCAAACCUUUGGAGAGUUCAGGAGCACCAUGUGUGGCCGCUGCCUUAGUUCCUCGUUUAUAGUGCUGACAUAUGUACUCGCCGUGCUGUGGCUGUUGGUGUUUGCCUUCUCGGCCCUGCCUGUCUACUUCUUCUACAACAUGGAUGCCACCUGCCACACCAUUGACGUUCUGACUGAGACGCCAGCGAGCAUCAACCAGCUCUGUGUUGAUGCUCGGCAAUACGGGCUCCUGCCAUGGAACGCUGUGCCAGGGAAGGCUUGUGGUAUGACUCUGUCCUCUGUUUGCAAGACCAGAGAAUACCGAAUGACCUAUGACCUCUACAUUGCUGCCUUUGCCGGUGCGGGCAUCACUCUCUUGGCUCUGGUGCACUGUUCCCUGCACUUGGCUGUGAGCCAGGUGUACCCGAGGAGGCUGGGGCACAGAGAAAAGGAGAGGAGAGACUACGACCUGUAUGGGAGGUUGCAGAGGGACAGAGGGGGGACACUGUGCUCUCCGUACCCUGCAAACACAUCUGAUAUCUCCUGACAAGCGCCUUUAGUUUUGCUGCAGGAGCCUCGUGAUGACCCUCACGAUUGAGCUGGUCAUCAACAUUAUUUUGUUUGGAAAAGUGUACAUCUUGAUAUUAUUUUGGUAAAUUGAUUCCCUUUUAUUUUGAAGUGUUUACUAAA